UCCUGAAAAUCCCCGCCCAAGUCCACAUUUUUAGCGGGCUUCCAGAUAUCUCCGCUGUGCUCUUAUCAGUUUUCAAUUUUUACCUACAUUAAGGUGCCCACGGACCUGGUUCCUGUCCCUUUUCAGCCCUGGUACCGGACCACGGACACCUUGGACUGGGCCGGCAAUCCCAGGCUUGCACUGCUGACCCAGGGUCUUUGCGGGGAGUCCCCAUGGCGCAGCGGAAUGCACUGGACAGGGCCUCGGUACCGCCCGCGUUCUGUAAACCCGGGGCUGUGAGCUUCGCGGACGUGGCUGUGUACUUCUCCCCUGAGGAGUGGAGGUGUCUGCGGCCGGCGCAGAGAGCCCUGUACCGAGAGGUGAUGCGCGAGACCUAUGGUCUCCUGUCCUAUAUCGAAGUCGGAGGCGCCAAACCAGCGCUCAUCUGCUGGGUGGAGGAAGAGUCCGAAGUGUGGGGACCCUGUGCCCAGGAUCCAGAAGUGGCCAUGUGCAAGACAGAAUUCCACUCAGAUUGCAGGCCCGAGAAG